AUGGACAGGUGGCAAGCCCUUGACGCGCGGCGACAUCAGUUGGAAAACGCCACCAUCGAGCGGGCCAAACGACUCGAGGCCCUUCGUCGUAAAAAAGAAACAACAGACGCCGACGCAGCGGCUGUGAUUGUCCACUUAAAGGCCGAGCUCAAACAAGGGUCGGAGCUGGAGCGCUGGCGCAUCGAAGCCGACAAAAAGCGCGCGAACCUCGUGCGCACGUUUCGUUCGCCGCUCGUCGAGGACAAGUCUACGCGUCUCGGGCGCGCAAACACGAAGAUCCUUCUCUUCCGCGAGGCCGUGCUUUCGACGAAAGAAAACCAAUUCGAUGAGCUCGUGCGCGAGUCAGGCGAGUCGGACAUCCAUGCACUCGUGCAGCGGUUCUCCUCGUUCUCAACGGACAUUGCAUCAUUGCGCCAAAUGGACGCCGAAAGCUGCGCUGCGCUUGAAGCAGCUGAACAGCGCCUCGAAACCAUGGAGGUCCAAGUGCGCGAACUUCAGACAUGUGGUAUGGAACACGUUGUCGAGACACAACGCCGGGUGAAAGCGCGGCUUGAGGAGGAGCUAUGGAGUGCCAAAAUGCACGAAGAAAAAGUCGCUGCUACACCGAGUUCCCAGCAGCAAACCUUAUCAGUGCUGCACCAAGGACUUCUUGCAAUUGCAGAGAUCCUCGGCUGCCUCGAGACAGCGGCGACCGACAUACACGCAGCAGCCUCGACGUUGGAGCUGGCUACAAGCUGCGUCCGACUUCUCAAACGCCACCGAGCUCGAGAGCCAGUGCUCCCAGCAACGACACUGCAAGCAAUGCUUGAGCAUAUCGCGCGCAUCGCACCCUCGCGAAGCAUUGUGCCACCAAAUACAGUAUGCGGCAUCGAGCUCGGGUAGUAAUCGAAUCGCCUUGCGUUAUAUAGUAAAGACGGGAAUGAAUAGCAGGGUCCUUUCGCGUACUAAAGUAUAUGACUAC